AUGACUUUGGUGAAUGGGAAUGAUCCAUGCAAAGACACCUCCAAGUAUCUUAAAACCAUCUACCAAUGCCUGUCAGCGACUCAUCUCAUUGUGUGUCAGAAGUCUCUUGCAUGGUUGACGUGUGGGAAAGGCCAGGUUAUCUCCGUCUACGGUGCAAAUUAUGGACGUCGUGACCAGACCACCUGCUCUUAUCAGAAACCGGGGUCCGAGACUAUGAACGUCCACUGCUCCAACCCCACUAAAGCAGUUGCUGCAAGGUGUAACGGGAAACAAGACUGCAAAAUCCCAGCUACCAACUCAGUGUUUAAGGAUCCUUGUUCAGACACAUACAAGUACCUUGAGGUGGCUUACACUUCAUAUGUGAGAGUGAGGGUGAAAGUGUGA